AUGAUAGUUUCAGUGAAAACUACAAGCCUGCAGAUGACAUGGCUAUUAAUGCUAAUGUUUUCAUUCAAAGUCGAUGCUAAAAGUCUAAAGGAAUCAAAACCCCCAAUAAUAGAGUCCAAACCUUUUAUGAUAUACUGGAAUGCUCCUACAACGCAGUGCAAGAAGCUUUUUGAUGUGGAUCUAAAUCUCCAAGCUUUUGGCAUUGUGGUUAACCCUAAUGAGGCAUUCAAUGGACCCCAUGUUACCACAUUUUAUGAAAAAGAAUUGGGGAAUUACCCUUACAUUGAUCAAAAUGGAACAGUUAUCAAUGGAGGAAUACCUCAGAAAGAGAACCUUCCUAUGCACCUUGAAAAGAGCAAGGAGGACAUCGAGAAAGCCAUUCCUUCAGGAAAAUUCCAAGGACUGGCUGUUAUUGACUGGGAAGAGUGGAGCCCUCAGUGGGAAAGAAAUGGGGCUUCUAAAAACGUAUAUAAAAUGCACACUUUAUACCUUAUUAAAAGCGAACCCAAGAAUUUGUCAGUACCCGAAGUACAAGCAAAAGCAAAAGAGGAAUUUGAAAGUGCUGCCAAGAAUUUUAUGAAUUCUACUCUUCGCAUGGGAGUAGAAAUCAGACCACGAGGACACUGGGGUUUUUUCCUUUACCCAGAAUGCUACAAUAAUCAUUACGACGCACACCCACAGGCAUAUACUGGGCAAUGUGAAAAAGGGGAAAUUUCACUCAAUGAUGACCUCCAGUGGCUAUGGCAAGAAAGCACUGCUCUUUAUCCUUCUAUAUACUUGCCACUGAUGUUGAAGGAUGCUGUAAAUACCCAGAAAUUUGUUCACUAUCGAGUCAAAGAAGCAAUGAGAAUUUCCCAAAGGGCUAGGAGAGACUACGCUUUGCCUGUUUUUGUUUAUACUAGGCUAUUUUAUACCCAUGGUACCGAGCCCUUGACUAAGAAUGAUUUAUUGUACACUAUUGGUGAGAGUGCUGCAAUGGGGGCAGAAGGUGUGGUAAUAUGGGGAGGAAUGGAGUAUUCCAGUUCAAAAAACAAUUGCUUAACAGUGCAGAAAUUCAUUAAUGGAGUUUUUGGUCAUUAUAUCGUCAAUGUGACAACAGCUACCCAACGCUGCAGUAGAAUUCUUUGCAACAAUAACGGGAGAUGCGUUAGGAGAGAAGCUGACUCAUACUCCUAUCUACAUAUGCCCGUGGGCAGCAUUAUGAGGCAUAAGUUAAAGAGGGGGCUGAAGUUCAUCCCAUCUCAAAGAACUUCAAAAGAAGAAGUACUAUAUUUGCAGAAGGAAUUUGUGUGCCAGUGUUAUACUCCCUGGAAUGGAAAAUUCUGUUCAUAUAAAGAAACCUACCACUCUGGAUCAAGGAAAAAAAUUCUGCCCUCUGAAGCAAAAUUCCUUCUCACUUUAAUUUUAAUAUUGCCUGUGACCCUGCUGAUCUUUUUUAUCCCAAUAUAAUGUAACCCUUCUGGAAUCAGUCCAAAGGAUCCACCUUCAUGCUCCUAUACCUGUGCUCUCUGAUCUUCUCCAUGCCAGCAGGUCCAAAUGUAUUGGGGAUUAUGGUACUCUAUCAUUGUUUGAUUUUUCAUUCCUCUCUCUAUAUGUACACAACAAGUAUACUUUAAAGAAAAUGGAAUUGCAAUUAGUGUCAUUCUCUGAAUUGUUUGA